AUCUUUCAUAACCACUGGUCUAUUCAUACAUACAUUAGAUUUCUCAAUAAUUAAAAACAAAUCUCCACUAUAAAAGUCUCGUGGGAAUUCUAGAAGAUCCACUUCCACACCUUUCUAAACAAACAGCCACUGCCAGACUUAUCUCUCACUUAGUGCAACCAAAAUGUAAAUGAUGUAAGUACUUUGAGAGCAAUACAAUCUUCUCGUCGUUUCAAGCGUAAACUUCCUGUGUGUUCUGGUGCUUGAUGACCUGGGACAGGUGCUGGCUGGAGGGCCGCAUGCCAUCCCUCUUAGUUGCUUCGUCACGUCUGGUAUAAAUAGCUUUACCAAAAGCAACGCAGUUGCAUCCCAACAGAGGGGAGGGAUCACCUAGUCCUCAUAAGAGACCGGACCUCACUCACUGUGUGCGGACAGCGUAGCUUACAUUUAAGCCACACGCUUCAGACAUGGGCACGCAUGGAUCCAAGCCAAAGAAACAAGUGCAGGUCCUCCUGCUGGGCCUGGACGGCUCGGGAAAGACCACCCUGCUCUACAAGCUCAAGUACAACGAGAACGUCGUCACGGUUCCGACUGUGGGAUUCAACGUGGAGAUGCUGGAGACGGACAGGGGAAGCCCGGGACUGACGGUGUGGGACGUCGGGGGCCAGAGGAAGAUGAGGCCCCACUGGAAGCAUCACUUCCUGGACACAGCUGGGCUGGUGUUUGUGGUGGACAGCGCGGAUGGGAGGCGACUGGACGAGGCCCGCAAGGAGCUGCACCGGAUCUUGAGGAACCACAGUCUAAAAGGAGUUCCCUUUGUGAUUCUGGCCAACAAACAGGACCUUCCAGGAGCUCAGAGCCCAGAAACACUCUGCCAGGAACUGGACCUGAGGAGAGCGUGCGAAGGCAGAGCGUGGUUCAUCCAGCCCUGUUCAGCCACCAUGGGAGUGGGUCUUGAAGAAGGUUUUAGAAGGAUGGUCUACCUAAUGAAAAACCCACUGAGACAGACUCAAGAGGACAUUAAGGUGAAGAUGAGGUCCAAAGGAUUUAGUUUCACAAUAAUCAAAAAAGCUAUGGUCUGUGGCGGCUGAUGGUUUUUAUGCCUUUUUUUUUUAAAACUAAACGUUUUAGGUUUCUAAUUGCUGUACUAUGCUUGUCAUUUGCAAAUGGUGAUGGACAUUAGUUAUUCUGCCUGGACCAACAUUUCAUUGUGAUGCAGCCACAAUGUGUUCUGCUGUGAAAUAUUAAACCACAGCUGAACAUAAUAUGAAAUCACAAGGAUUUUGGGUUAUCUGAUUUGAGAAAAACUGUGAUUAAAAAUGUUAGUUCUUGUUUAUUUCAGCUCUAUUUACUCCAAGGAAAUGCUUUGUUUGUAACCUCAGUUUUGUAUAGUAACUACAUCAGUCAAUAAAGAUUUAAGUACAUA